AUGACACAGAGGUGGCAUCGCGCCAGGGGGCCCCUCAUAACCUCCACGUGCUGUCACCAUGGCCUUGGCUGCUUGAGUGAACACAAGUCCAUGGAUGGCAGUUUCAUCACAGAGGAGGUUGAAAGGCCCAGGCCCCCGCACCUUAUCUUCAUCAUGGUGGAUGACCAGGGUUACGGAGACAUUGGCUACCAUGGCUCAGACAUCCAUACGCCUGUGUUGGACCAGCUGGCAGCAGAGGGGGUCAAGCUUGAAAAUUAUUAUGUCCAGCCUAUCUGCUCACCCUCUCGCAGUCAACUCAUGACAGGACGCUACCAAAUUCACACUGGCCUCCAGCAUUCGAUCAUACGAUCACGUCAACCCCUCUGCCUGCCCCCGGACAUUCCCACCCUACCAGAGCAUCUAGUUGAAGCUGGAUAUGCCACACACAUGGUGGGGAAAUGGCACCUGGGCUUCUGCAGGUCGAGCUGUCUACCCACAGGACGUGGCUUUCAGAGUUUCCUGGGCACAUUGACUGGCAGUGGAGACCACUACUCCUAUAAGAGCUGUGAUGGGGCUGAAGCUUGUGGGUUUGACCUACAUGAUGGAGACAGGCCUGCCUGGGAGAUGACUGGAAACUACUCCACUCUGCUCUACAUAGAGAGAGCGAAGCAGAUCCUGAGGAGCCAUGACCCCCAUAAACCACUCUUCCUCUAUGUGUCCCUUCAGGCUCCCCACACACCCUUGCAGGUACCAAACAAUUUUCUGCACCACUAUGAAUCCCAGGGCAAUCGUCUCAGGCGCCACUAUGCAGCCAUGCUGAGCUGCCUGGAUGAUGGCGUUGGACAAGUGGUCCAGGAACUGAAAACUAGUGGUCUCUAUCAAAACUCAGUACUGAUUUACUCAUCUGAUAAUGGUGGGCAGCCGCUCUCUGGAGGGAGCAACUGGCCGCUGAGAGGUGGCAAAGGGACCUACUGGGAAGGGGGCAUCCGGGCUGUGGGCUUUGUCCAUAGUCCCCUGCUGAAGAGGAAGGGUGUUGUCAGCAGAGCCCUGAUCCAUGUUUCUGACUGGUAUCCCACAUUACUGGGGCUGGCUGGGGCCCUGCAGUCCCAUCGUGGCCUAGAUGGUCAUGAUGUAUGGGGGGCCAUCAGCGAGGGCCUACCCUGUCCUCGCACAGAAAUCCUUUUCAACAUUGACCCAGUCUCAAGGAGGCCCGGGGAGCCAUAUGACAAGGCGUUGGUACUCAAUGGCUUUGGGAUCUGGGACACAGCUGUAAGGGCAGCAAUAAGGGCUGGGGACUGGAAGCUUUUGACAGGAAAUGUGGGUGAUGGAGACUGGAUACCACCACAGGCUCUUCCCAGUGGUCCAGAACAAUGGCAGAAGCUUGAGAAGCGGCGCAAUAAGUUGGGGAAGUCAGUUUGGCUGUUUAACGUCACCUCUGACCCCUAUGAGAGAUCAGACCUGGCGGAAGCUCGUCCAGAGGUUGUGAAACACCUGCUGACCAGGCUGGCAGAGUACAACCAGACAGCUGUGAUGGCUAGGAAUCCACCAGAUGAUCCUAUGGCUGACCCUGAGCUCCAUGGUGGAGUGUGGAGUCCCUGGCUGGGCCUGGAAGGGCAGGAAAGGGACAGGGAAGACAAGGAAGGCAGGAAAGAAAGGAUGAUGAAGAUUAAGUACUGCAAACUAUGCAAAUUAAAAGCCCUCUUCAAGAAGGUGGGGUCACGCAUGCAGAGGAACAACCUAUUCUCCUAA